AAACUUCCAACCGAAUCAGUCUAGUCGUUGCUCAAUAAAUAUGGGCAAAGUGAAUACAUGCGAUUCGCCAAAUCCUUUGAAAAACAGUAUCGCUGACAAAUAUGGCAAAAACGGUGCCGUCCACAUAUUUACCGGAAAUGAGAAACAGAGAAAAGUGUUGACCACUCCGGUCAUUUGGGACCGUAAUGUCGAUCGAGUUCGUCCAUAUUUGGAGAAUGAAUGGGCCAACUAUGAGAACACUCCGAAUCGCCAGGCGGAAGAGACCUUUCAUCGUUUGAGAAGUAGGCUCGGUCGUAACAACGAGGACGAGGGCGAUUCGUCGGAUUUCGAUAUGUACCGAAAUGUUGUGGAGAAUGCGUUGAAUGUGGCCUUUCUGGCGGCCAACUCCAAUCAUCUACGUCUGCUGACCGAAUACCAGGAGCAAACCGAAACGUAUCAGGUGUGCGUGGGGAUGUUGAUCAUGUCGUUGAUUCUACAGAUUUUGCUCGGCGUUUCCAUGGUGACCAUAUCGGUAAAUAGUGACCAGCGUUGGAAGAAGCUUAAGAUGUUCGCAUCUGUUGGGGUUGCUGUUAUAGCUAUUAUGAACAUUAUUGUGCUGUCUUUGGUGAAUGCAGUAUUGUUAUAGUUAGCUAUUAAGUUAUAAUCGAAAUUAAAGGAGUCUGUAGCAA